ACUUAUCUUGCUCACUAGGUAUCGACAAUUUUUCUCUGAUCUGUUAGUUUCUCUAAUAUUUGGGCCUUAUUUUACACAAAUAAAAUGUCCGAAAGCGAAGACUCGGCACCAGUGAAAGUAGAGUUCAGAAAGAAAGGCCGCAAACAACUUCGACAACGGAGGCUAUCGAACAGUGACGAAGACGAAGCAGAAACAAAUGAAGAGUCGGAAGUGUUAUCCAAACUGGAAGAAACCAAAGAAAAGCAAAAACUGCGCAACAGGCGGAAUGGAGUGAACAUUCUGAGCUUAGCAGCAGGUAAAAAAAUUUCCAUCGAAGAAGAAGUAACGGUGAAAGAUCCGUUUAACAUUAAAACCGGUGGCAUGGUUAAUAUGCAUGCUUUGAAGGCGGGAAAACUGAAAACGGCCGUAGAAGAUCCGUACGAUACAGGUAUCGGAACACAGUUUUCUGCAGAAACGAACAAGCGUGACGAGGAUGAAGAGAUGAUGAAGUACAUCGAAGAAGAGCUUGGAAAACGGAAAGGCAUUGCACAGGAGCAGGACAACCAAGGAGAUGCGGAAUCUUCCGCCAAAUAUCUGAGCCCGGAAGAGGCAGCGCUACUGUCAUUGCCGGCACAUCUCAGUCAAACGUCUUCGCAGCGGUCGGAAGAAAUGUUGUCCAAUCAGAUGCUCAGUGGCAUUCCAGAGAUUGACCUUGGCAUCGAAGCUAAAAUCAAAAACAUUGAAGCGACCGAGGAGGCUAAACUUAAGUACAUGCAGGAGCAGCAACGGAAAAAGGAUCUGCCGUCUCACUUCGUGCCCUCCAAUAUGGCGGUGAACUUCAUGCAACACAAUCGUUAUCGGAUCGACAAUCCGGCACCGCCGAAGAGGCGCUAUCAGGAGGACCAUCGUGACCAGCGGAGUGACGAUCGAGUUCCGAAAAAGGCAACGGAUGAUUACCACUUCGAUAAGUUUAAGAAGCAAUAUCGCCGACAUUAACUCUAACGUGGGUUUAAGAAUCAAUAAAAGUAUAAUAUUGAAA